AUGCCUCAUCCAAUCAUAUCAGAAUUUGAUAUUAUUUUUGCUGGGGGUGGUAGCACAGCUUGUGUUGUCGCAGGCCGCCUGGCUGCAUUGGAUCCCUCACUUACUAUCUUAAUUCUCGAAGGGGGCCAACACACUCUCAAUCAAGAUGUGCAUGUGCAGCCUUACAAAUUUACAAGGAAUCUGGUGCCAACGAGUACCACCAUGACAUUCAACGUUGGAAAUCCAAGUCCACGUCUCAACGGCCGUGCUCCGAUCGUUCCUUGCGCCCAUUGCGUUGGUGGAGGCUCAAGUGUAAAUGCUAUGUGUUACACUCGUGGACCUGCCUCAGAUUUUGAUGACUGGGGAGCCGAAGGGUGGGAAUCUAAGAACUUGAUUCCCCUCAUCAAGAAGCUGGAGACAUAUCAGGUACAGCCCGAUCGCCCAACCCACGGGUACGGUGGACCUAUCAAAGUGUCCCCUGGUGGAUGCAAACUAGUUGUCUCCGAAGAGUUCAUCCACGUUGGCACGACAUAUCACAAGAGGCAAUAUGCUGAAGACACUGAUGAUUUAAAAACAUGCAACACAUACAGUCCAUGGGCGAAGUACAUUGACGGGACAACUGGAAGGCGUUCUGAUGCGGCCCACAACUAUGUCUACAACCAAGCUCACAAUGCAAAUUUGCAAAUAUGGGUUGGCAAGCGCGUGAAGCGCGUGAUCUUUCAAGAUAAGCGUGCUGUAGGUGUCGAGUUCACUAGCGAUCCAGUGUCUUGCCCAGACGCGGAUCAGUCAUCAAGCAUCGUGAAAGCAUCAAAACUUGUUGUUAUCUCUGCUGGGGCAUUCGGUUCGCCGGCCAUCCUCGAGAGGUCUGGGAUCGGUGCCGAAGCAAUUCUCAAGCGGUGCAAUAUCAAGCGACUAGUGGACUUGCCUGGCGUUGGAGAAAAUUAUCAAGGGUUAAGAGAUCACAACCUUGUCUCUACUCCAUACUUUGCUGCCGAGGGAACUGUUACUAUGGACCCCCUCUAUCUUGGGGAGGAGAGUGACGUUGUUGUCCAGAAAAAUCUGGCGCAAUGGAAAAUUGAUGGCAAGUCACUGAUUGCCCAAAAUAGCAGCGAUGCAAAAAUAAAAUGGCGUCCUGAUGACGACGAACUGAAAGCCAUGGGUUCAGCUUUUCAACCACGAUGGAAAGAGUUCUUCCAGGAUCGCCCAGACAAACCUGUUGCACUAUCUUCUCUCUGUGCAGGAUCUGCUGGGUUCUCGGGUAUCCCUCGUGGCAAUUACAUCACUGCCAACUAUUUUACACUGUACCCCGUGUCUACUGGCAGCGUUCAUAUCAAAUUGAACGAGAACGGCCAGGAAGGAAUCGACUUCAAUGCAGGCUUCCUGGAUGAUCCAUCCGAUAUUGUACCUCUUAUCCUCGUGUACAAAAAGACGCGCGAAAUCAUUCGACGCAUGCCUUCAUAUAGAGGUGAAGUCCCCAUAGGCCACCCUCAUUUCUCACAGGGAAGCGUUGCAGUCUGCGGAGCAACAACCGGGCCGGCGGACUUGAAUGCGCCUGACAUAAUCUACACAGCAGAAGACGACGAUGCGAUCGAUCGAUACGUUCGUGAUCACGUGCAAACGACAUGGCAUUCGCUCGGAACUUGCGCCAUGAAGCCAAGGGCAGAUCAAGGGGUCAUUGACGCUCGGCUAAACGUGUACGGCGUGACAAACCUCAAGGUGGCGGACAUGUCUAUUGCGCCGAUAAAUGUUGGCACGAACACAUAUUGGACAGCGCUUGUCAUUGGGGAGAAGGCUGCGAUGAUCAUUGCUGAUGAGUUGGGUAUUGGAAGUCGAUCAUCGUGGAAAAGUCCUCAAGCACGUCUGUGA